ACUGGCUCAGUGGCCCCCACCGACUCUGCGCCCCGUUCUACGUUCAGAUAAGGGAAACUGAUCCCAGCCAUUCACCUUAGAUACGAGCGGUGUUUCGUUUUGCUUCACCCAGUGUGUCUACCCAGGCGGCGAUUAUCAUAUUACACUGAGCUCAUUUCGAGAAUGACGACGACAACCCACUACGCCCCGUAUCGGCGAGCCGAUGCGUCCCAGGAUAUUUACAUUGUUGUAAGCUUUUGUAUGCUUAUGUUCCUCUCAGCGAUGGUGGUCGCAUUGAUGCUCAUAGCGGAAUAUCGUCAAUACACGAACCGUAAAACCAGCGAAGAACCGUCGUCCACAUCAGAGGAUGUAAUUGUUCCAUAUAAAACGAGUCGAGGAUCUUCAGCGAGAGCCCUUCAAGAGCAAACGACGCAAGCCACGAGACCAGCGACUGCGAGUGUUGGUGUUACGACUGUUAAUAGUACUUCUAGUUAUGCAACUAUAAAGGGUUAACUACAAUCCUUUAUCGCGCAAUAUAGCAUGCCAUACAAUGCACCCAUGGUGUGUACGGCGCAGUAAAUUGGUCAUGUCAUGUCAGACUAAAACACGUGAGAAUUCUCUUGUUGAUGUGAUGAACAUUUUAAUAAGUGAAAAUAAACAUUGCGUACA